GGAGAACAGAUAAGGCAUCUCUGUCGCCCGCUAAACCACCCGCAGCGAGCCAUCUCUGUCUGUCCAUGACGAGGGGCCUCAACGCUGCUCUCUCGUUCCCGUCGCGUCUCGGCGCGAGCGUGGCACCGUCUCCCGGCCGGCCGAUCCGUGUCACCGUCAGGCCAGCGGGCUGCCGGCGGCGCGGCCUCAUGGUCGUUCGGGCCGGCGGGCCGCCGAGCACGAACGCGCUCAUCCUGGCGUUCGUGCUGCCGCUCUCCCUCUUCGUCGGCACCCUCAUCACAGCAGCCCGCGUCGCCGAUGACCUAGACGAGCGCUUCCUACGGGAGAUGGAGAUCAACCAAGCGAUAAUGGAAGAGAACGAGGCAUCUGGUGAAGACAGUGGUGACGAGGAAGAUGACGACAGAGAGUAUGAUGAAGGGGAGGAGGAAGAGGAGGAUGAUCAGCCGCCGGUGGAGAUAAAAGAAGCCGUCGUCGUUGGUGCUGCUCCACGCGCCAGGAACAGGCCGAGAAGGCAAGUAUAAGACCGAGGAAAGCUGUGUUUUUCGCUGUUCCGAGUUUGGUGACUCCUGGAAAUAUGCUUGCAAAUGCUCUUGUUUGAUCGGCAAAGCACGCAUGUUAUAGCCAAAGCUGAAGUAGAACUGUGAAGUUGUCCUAUGCGGAUCAGAGAAUGCAACCUAUUAGAUGAAGGAAGUGCAGGUUACACAAAGUUUUGGAGUUUGGUUGUGCUAUUGGUUACGGACAGUAUUGUAUCAGAAGUUCAGAACUGCAUCAAACAGUUGAAACUUCCUAACGAAUAUAGUUAUUUACUUGUCAGCAAAUGCA